UGGUCGCCAGUUUCAAGAAGUAAUGCACGUGUGUUCGUGUGAUAUAUUGUGCAAUGCCAAUGGAUCGAAUGUUCAUGCUUUAGUCCCGCUUUAUUAGUGCAUCUACGGUCAGUGGCUGAUGAAACUUCUGACCUUGUGUUGUCAUUCACGGAUUGAGCAAAAUUUUGUCAAACAAUCUCAAGAUAACAUGAAACAGGGUACACUGUUGUGACUGAACGACGGAGGGAAAGUACACAUUCAAAAGCUGUGAAACUGAAACUGCAAUGCCGAUUAAAAAGUCUUCGCAUGUGCAGUAACGCAGUAGGCUAGACCCUACCUACGGCCAGUUUGUGCUCCAUGGUCAAGAUACUGACUGAAGUAAUACCUCAAUUGUGAUUUGGUUUGUGGAAACAGUUAGCAAGCACAGUAAGCAGAUUAAUUUGAUCCCGGCGUGAGUCAAAUAAAGCCAGGGACAAGUGCCUUUGCAGGACUUCUCGAGAGUAACGUUUUCCUGAGAAAUAAGGCUUAGCAGGCUAUUCCACCAUGGACAUUGAGAACCAGCCAAACACCGACCAGCAAGACUCGGCAGCAACAGAAGCUCCAGCGAGCGAGAUGGAAGGUACUCCGGUGGAAGAUACUCGAGUGGAAGACAAAGUGAUGGUUGUGAAUGAGGAAGGGGCGACUCCAGAUGAAGGGGAGGAAGCAGCAGAAAAAGACCCUAUGCUCUCCCCGCCUCCCGAAUAUCAUCUCGUGGUUGGGGAUCAAGCAGCAGAAGUGCAGAAGGAAGGAGCAACAAAACAAAAUGGAGUCCAUCCAACAGCUGAUAGCGAUCAAGACCACCCACCCUCCAAACCGCCCUCCACCUGCUGCCUGUCUUACGGGACCGCCCGCAAGCUACUCAUCGGCGUGACCAUCGGUCUCAGCGUCGCCAUCUCGUGGGUGGCUGCGACUCAGUUCAUGAAGGCGAUGUACUCGGCGGAUAACUUUGAUGCUCCGUACUUCAUCAUCUGGUUCUCGACGAGUUGGAUGGUGGUGUGUUACCCUAUCUACAUCAUUGGCUCCCUGGUAAUCUUCAAGGAUCAGAGGAAUGCUGGCUGGGCCGGCGUCAAAGAGCUAUUCAAGGACGACCAGCAAAUAUAUGGACCGAGAGGCAUGACCGUAUGGACCUUUCUAAAACUGACCGGUCCUUUCUGUGCCCUUUGGAUGAUCACAAACUAUAUGUACGCUGCCGCUCUCAAGUUCAAGUCGCCGACGGACGUGACUGCCAUCUUCGUCACCAAUACAGCCUUCAUCUAUAUCUUCUCAUGGAUUUGGCUGGAAGAACUACUCAUCCUUCUACCUGCUAGGCUGUGCUCAGUGAUUCUAUCCAUUGUGGGUACAGUGUUGAUGAUGGCAGCAGAUGGGUUUGGAGGAGGAAGUGUGAUUGGUGUUCUCUUAGCUCUGGGUGCAGCCAUUGGAGCAGCUCUCUACAAGGUUCUGUUCAAGCGAUUCCUAGGUGAUGCCACAUAUGGACAGGUGUCCUUGUUCCUCACCAUGCUUGCCCUGCUCAACCUGGUCCUCCUCUGGCCCAUCAUGCUAGGCCUUUACUACGGCAAGAGGGAGACGCUGGACUGGAAUAACUUGCCCUGGGCAUUCCUCUGCGGGACAUCGGCUCUCGGCAUAGUGUUCAACUUCCUGGUGAAUUUCGGGAUUGCUCUCACGUACCCCCUUCUCAUCUCCCUGGCCAAUGUUCUAGGCAUCCCGAUCAACGCAGUGAUCGACACAGCUUUUGGAGGCGUGCUCCUCGCUCCCCUCAAGAUCGUCGGCGCUCUCCUCAUCAUCGGGGGUUUCGUCAUCAUGCUCCUCCCCGAGGCGUGGCAGGUGAAGGUGGCCUGCUGGAAGGAGGGCGACCCGCCCUGUAGGCGGAGAGGAAACAUGCAACGUAUACCAAGCGUAGAACUGGACGAGAGGGCGAGGGAAGCAGACAACGUUGUAAGGAUAUGACGGAGAAGAUGAAAGUAGUGAACAGAGCUAUAAUAAUAAAGCCCAGUUUAGACGUGAUGCGGUAAACUGCCCCUAAAAGCGUACAUGGCAAGUUGGCAACAUUAGCGUGUAAACAAAUGGCAAGUUGCAAUAUUCGUUGGGGUAAAUACAUAGCUGUGUGCAACAGAGUCCAUUAUGUGUUCUCAUUGAUCUAUGUGUUACAACAUACACAAAUAUGAAGUGUAUGCACUAUGUUCAUCUCUCAUUUGUACUGCUUUAGUGGGUUUUUUGUCCUUCAAAGCUGUUUACUGCCUCAAGUCUAGAUUGGCCAUUAGCAGUUUAGAUAAUACUGUCUGCAUGUGUGUAUGUGUGCAGUGGUGCGUGCAUUGUACUGAGUGUGAGCGAUGAGCUGAUGAGUAAUGUAUGGUUAAUGUAGAAUGUAAGAAAGAUGAUCUGUAAUUUAAAUUUAUCUAAAAAUAAAUGUAAUAACUUGAUUGUGUUGGCAUCUGUAAGGGUGCGUGCAGAUUUGAAUGUACAGUAAUGAUAAUUUAUAUGUUUGAUAAUACAUGUACUAAUGUAACUGGCAAUUAUUUUGUAAAAGUACAGAAGUGUUCUUAUCUUAUUUAAUUGAAUUAUUGGUACCGUCAACGCAAUCAUUCCUUUUGAGAUUAUCAUAAAGUAAAGGCAUCUCAGUGUGGUGGCCACUGACUGGUGGGUAGGUCACUGGGCUGUAGAUUGAAUAGUUUAGCCUUCAAAGGUAGGAUGAUGGGGUGUAGCAUGACGAGGCUACGUGUCUUUCCCGUGGCCUGACUCGGGGCCAAUCGGGUAUAAUACGACUGCGGACAACGCGACCGCCGUAUUCACGUGCGUGCAACAUACGCGAGGAGAACUUUGGUCUGUUUUGCGAACACUUUCGCGUGCUGACCAUUAUAAUCAAGUCCAUUUGUUUAUGUGCAGCUGUCCCCAAAAAGUCGUAGAUGGUAUUAACCGGUAUUUGCCAUGCUACACCCCCUUUAAGUCUUUUAUCGAGACAUCACGUCUAAACUUGCCACUCUCUACCCAGGAGAGUGAAUCUGUAAGGAUCACAUUAAGCCGUGGUGAUUGCCAAUUUGCCGUUGCCAUGUACGGUUGCGGACAUUGCAGGUACACGACGUACAUGUAUGGCAUAGGGAUUGAAGAUGGUGCACACUUGUGUAUGGGCUUGAAAUCCAGUGACCAGUCUUCAUAAACAAUAAUAUUGGUAAUUUGGUAUUGAGUGAAUGAAAUAUUUGUUUAAGGUACGGUGUACAUGUCUAUUGUUAAUAAAAUAAUUUGUUAAGAGUUGAAAUUGAGCACAGAGAAAUAUUGAUCUUGUAAUUAUUUAUUUAAUGUGAUUUAUUUUGAUUAAUAUAUUAGGAAAAUAUAUCGUAAAAGCUGGUUCUGUAAAGCUAAUAAUGUCAUGUUGGUGUAACAUGACACAGAUUGAAGAAGAAAAGUUCAAUCACUGUAUGUUUUCAACUUUUCAUGUAGUAUAAUUACAUAUAGUGUCAUGCGCUAUAAAUCUUUGUAUAAUGAUGAGUAGUUUGAUCAGACUUGUUUCUGAUCAAGUGAUUAGGGAUCUAAUGGGAAGUGAAUAGGAAUCAAAUGAAAUUGAUUGUUCACAUUUUUUGUAUAAAGUUGUUAUAUUUUGUACUAUUUUUUUUGUAUCUUUCAUGUAAAGUAAUCAUCUUCAACUCAUGAAAACCUUAUAAAUGUCACAUUCAUAAAGCCAUUUCGAGAGUAGCGAGAAAUACUGACACAAAGAUAUUUCUUUCUUUUUUUGCACACUAUACCUUGCACACCACUAUACCCGUAUGUAUUUUUGUAUAUUUCAUCAGUACCUUCUUUAUUUUUUUUGUUCAAUGAUCUUAUGUUAUUAUUAUUCUGUUACUAGCAAUGAUUUAAAUGAUUUUAAGUGAAUUGUGACUUUUUUCUUAAUGAUGAUUUCUUAGGUUGCAUGAUUUUAUUCCUCCUUUUAAUUUCUUAAAAGGUGUGAUGUUGCUUUCCCUGCAUGACAUUUUUGUGUGCAUAUGAAUGUAUUGCACCUACAUGUGUAUUCUCUUCUGUUUGUGGGCCAGUAUGAACAAAUGAAGCUGCUGUGAAUUGUACCAAGAAUUUUGCCUGAGUGUGCUGUUUUCUUUGACCUAAGAUGCUAAUGAAAGAGGCAGAUUACUAAUUUAUUGGGAUGGAUAAUAAUCAAUAAGAUGGAUUGUGUAAAUAAUUUUCUCUGUUGUGAUGAAAUGCAGUGCAUGGCAAUGUCAAUGAAUUUGAUCUGGCAUGCAAUAGUUUUGUAUACACAGUUGGAUCAAAUAAGAAAUAAAUAUGAUUUUUGUAAUAAUGUCUUCAAUGUAGCUUUCUAAUUACUUGAAUGGUGCAUCAUGACUUAAUAUUUUCAUGAUCCAAUUAUGCAUUUUGAUAUUUCAUCCAUGUUAUCGUUAUUGUCAAUAUACAACUACAAGUUUAUAAAUGGUCAUUUUAUUUAGAAAACUGUGUAAUUGUGUGCCUUGGAUCUGAACCAUGUUCUUUUCCAAACAUUCCUCUUUCAUGGUAAUAUGAAGAAAGUAAUUUUGCGUCCAUCAUCCUAUUAAUUGGAUGGACCUCAUUGAUGCUGGUGUGUAGUUGUUGAACUAUGUAACAGAUGUGUUAUAUAAACUUCAUUACUUGAAUUUUGCACAAGUCAAUCGUUUUUUGGGCAUUCCCAACAGAUUUGACUUAAGGCGGUUAGUUAUGCAGCAUGAUGGUGAGAAAGUUAAAACUGAUCUACCUGAGAAUAUUGUAUGAAUUGUGAAUACCUAGGGAAAUCCAACGUUUAUAGCAGACAAAUCAGAGGAGUACACUGGUUAAGUUUAUUUGGUACAUGUAAGUAUUGUCAGUUUUGUUAUUUCAUGUUUAUAUUUAGCAUUUACAUGUAACUUUACUUUGGAAAGAGAACGACAGUCGGUUGAAUUUUUUUCUCUUUAUAAAUGGGACCUUACCAGUACCCACCUACUGAUGUAGACAUAUUUGGCUCUUUUUUUACAAAUUUGUGGUGCAGGGGAAAGCAAUACAGUCAUACAUAUACAUGUAUUUACAUGUGAGUUUUCCAGCAGCUGAUGGUUAUUAUUGUGGUGAGAACUUUUCAUUUUUGAAAACUAGGUGUUAUUCUCAAAAUAUUGAGGCUAUAUUGCAAGAGAUACAUUUCUUUAACCCUUAGGCCUACUUUGUCACCAAGGUUUUAUUUUAUAAACUGCCCUUAUAUGUAGUUCACAAAUAGGCUUUCAUUUCAAUCAAAUUACAGGGUGUACAUGUCAGAAACUAGCCAGACCAUCUGCCUUUGCAAAAUGUGUAUAGCAUAUACACAACAAGAUGUUGCAUGUACAAAUUGUAUGUGAACGGUUUUGAUAAUUUUUGUACAUUUGUUAUGUGAGGUGUUUAACUUUUUUUGUUAGAUAAAGUUUUUUUACAUAAUCUUGUUUCUGAAAUACUGUACGAAUAUUCGAAUGGAAGUUUGUUUGUUGAUAAUAAAGGUAAUAAAUGUACUUUUCAUCACAAACAGAAA